GAACAGGCCGAGUGAGAUGCGGAGUGAAAUUUGUGUGAUUGCCAUAUUCGCGCUGUUGGUUGUGGGCAGCUCUGGUCGAUCGAGAGCAAGAGCAGAAACCGUUCAACCCAGCUCAAGCCUAGGGAAAUGUGAAGUGAUUCGAGAUAAAUUAGCGAAAUAUCAGAGCGUGUGUAAGAAGAUAAUUCAGGAUCGAAGGCGGCACAUACAAAUAUACGACAACCUGGCACGAAAUCUUCAGUUCAAUAAUACACAUUUGCAGAGUACAAUUAUCGAGCAUGCGGCCACGAUUAUAAGUAGGAAUGAUUUGCUGGUCAAUUGUGAGCGCGAGGCGAAGGAGAGGGAAAAAAAGCUAUGCAGCCUAGGGAUAGCCCUGAACAGCACGCUGAUCCAGCUGCGGGAAAGUAAUGAAACCGUCGCAGCCUUAAGCAGUCAAAAUGCGCUAUUGGAGAGUGAGUUGAGUGAGAAGAAAGCUGAAAUCGACAAACAAAAUGAAACGAUAGACGCCCUGAGUACGCUUGUGGGCAAUCAGAACAGCUCAGUCCUGGAGCUGAAGCAGGCGAAUAUGCUGCAGCUAAAAGAGCUGGCCGAUCACCAGAAUACAAUCAACAUGCUGCAGGCAGAGCUAGUCAGAUCCAAUGCCGCCGUAGAAGCACUGGGCAAGCAGAAUGACGAGCUGAGGGCGCAGCUCAGUGCGAGCAACGCGAGCAUCAAGCACUUGAAUGAACUCGUCGAGGGCUACGGCAGCUGCUGCCAGGCAUCGAGCUGCGUCGCAUUUGGCGCCUCCAACACUGUGCACAUGAUCCAGGUGAGUGGCGUGCCGGACCCCUUCCAAGUGCUCUGCAACAGCCAACUGGCCGGCAAUGGCUGGACCGUCAUACAGCGCCGGAUCAACGGCGAGGUCGACUUCUAUCGCAGCUGGGAUGAGUACAAGCGGGGAUUCGGCAAUGUGACCGGCGAGUUCUUCAUUGGGCUGGAGCGGCUACACCACAUGACCAAGGACACGCCCCAGCAGCUGUACGUCUGGCUGGAGGACUUUAGCAACAAUACGAGAUAUGCCAGCUUCGAUGACUUCAAAAUUGGCUCCGAGCAGGAGGCGUACGCCCUGCUAUCGCUCGGCAAGCACCAGGGCACCGUCGGGGAUGCGAUGCGCAUGAACAGGGGCCAAAAGUUCACCACCUUCGAUCAGGACAACGAUGCCGAUGAGGUCAACAACUGCGCUGAGCUCCGGCAUGGCGCCUGGUGGUACGACCAUUGCGGCUACAGUAACUUGAAUGGUUUUUAUGCCGAGGCGGACUUGGAGUAUGAUUAUGCCGAUAAGGGCAUCUUUUGGGCGGAUGACGAUUUUCAUGAGUCGGACUAUUCGUUGAAAUCAGUCAUCAUGAUGAUACGACCCAAAGUUUCCAAAGAAACUCUAUAAGAGCUCGUUUAAUAAAGAAAAUGUUACUAAAAACA